GCAACGCGCUUUCAGUACAGCCAGUUGUAAAUACAAUCAUCAUCACAAUGAAUUAAUGCGUGGCACGUAAUGAAAGCUGGUGGGGCGCACUGUUAUAAAAACGUAGCCAACUCCGAAAGGGUAACCAUUAUUCUCAAGUUUCUAAGACUCUUAAUAAAAGCACUUUACAUCGUACAGGACCACUAACAUGUCAAGUAAUAAUUUGAACGGUGUUUGGAAUGAAGAAUUGGCAUUCCCGAAACCGGGUGAAGAUGUGGUGAUUUCUGGAAUUGCCGGAAGAUUCCCAGAGUCGAAUAACUUGACGAGUCUCGGAGAAAAUCUUCUCAACAAGGUAGACGUCAUCACCGACGAUGAUCGCCGCUGGAAACUGGAAAAUCCGGAUAUUCCCCAACGAACUGGGAAAGUUAACAACAUUGAAAAAUUCGAUGCGGAAUUUUUUGAAAUGCACUUCAAAGAAGCUCACACUAUGGAUCCUGCAGCAAGAAUGAUACUAGAACAUACUUACGAAGCUAUUAUUGACGCUGGUGUGAAUCCUCGCCAACUUCGCGGAACUAACACCGGAGUCUUCGUCGGCGCCUGCUACAGCGAAACGGAAAAAAUAUGGUUGUAUACAGAAUUUCAGACCAACGGAUUAGGCAUACCAGGCUGCUGUCGUGCCAUGAUGGCCAAUCGAAUCUCCAAUUGGCUGGGUUGUACAGGACCCAGUUACACCAUGGACACUGCGUGCAGUUCAAGUUUGUUUGCCAUGGAUCACGCGUACAGAGCGAUUCGAGCUGGCGAAUGUGAAGACGCCAUUGUUGUGGGAUGUAAUUUAUGCCUUCAGCCACAUCUAUCUCAGCAGUUCUUUCUUCUUGGCGUACUUUCGGCCGAUGGACGCUGCAAAUCAUUCGACGCUAAGGGGGACGGCUACUGUCGCAGUGAGGCGCUAUGUGCAAUCUAUAUGCAAAAAUCAAAGAAUGCUAAACGCUCGUAUGCUCAUGUUGUUCAUACAAAAACAAAUUGCGAUGGCUUCAAACAAGAAGGAAUCACUUUUCCAUCAAGUACAAUGCAACGUGUUCUGCUCGAACAAUUCUACGACGAGUGCAAAGUUUCACCGUCCGAAUUAGCUUUCUUAGAGGCGCACGGUACUGGAACCAAAGUAGGUGAUCCUGCCGAAGUUAACGCAGUGGAGGAAGUAUUCUGCCCUGGACGAACCACUCCGCUUCAAAUUGGGUCAGUCAAGUCGAAUUUGGGUCAUACCGAACCAGCAAGUGGCCUUUGUUCCGUCGCCAAGGUGAUACUUGCGAUGGAGAGUGGAAUCAUCUUGCCAAAUAUAAAUUAUAACCAGCCCCGCGAAGAAAUCGAAGCAUUGAUGACUGGCCGCAUUCAAGUAAUAACCGAACCGACGCCAUGGAAGGGCGGUUACGUUGGUAUAAACUCUUUUGGCUUUGGUGGUGGAAACGCACACGUUUUGCUGAAAUCAAAUCCGAAAGAGAAGGUCAAUAAUGGUGCACCUAAUGACGACAUGCCGAGACUCGUUGCCGUAUCUGGACGGACGGAAGAAGCGGUGACAACUUUAUUGAAUGACCUUGAAAGCAGGCCCGCGGAUGUCGAAUACAUCAGCCUCUUUCACGAAAUACAUGCUGAAGAGAUUGCUGGUCAUAAAUAUCGUGGAUAUACCAUAUUGCCAGCCCGAGGCGUGGCGGAGAACAACAUACGAGACGUACGAUAUUAUUCUGGUAAGAAGCGACCGAUAUGGUUCGUUUUCUCUGGAAUGGGAUAUCAGUGGCCUGGGAUCGGUAGAAGCCUGUUGCAAAUUCCAGUGUUUGCUGAGGCCGUUCGGAAGUGCGAAACCGCUCUGAAGCCACACGGUAUAGAUAUCGUUCAAGUUUUGACUGAUAAAAAUCCGAAGACGUUCGACGAUAUUAUCAAGUUUCGUGUUGGCACAACAGCAAUCCAGAUUGGUUUAGUGGAUUUACUGUCAUCGAUAGGAAUUAUACCGGAUAAGGUCACUGACUAUUUAGCAGGAGCGUUAGGCUGUGCCUACGCUGAUGGAUGCUUGACCGCGGAACAGACGGUCUUAGCAGCAUACUACCACGGUCUAGUAUUAACAGAAUCUGGAGCAGUUUGUGGGAAUGUGGCAGUUGUGGAGCUGAACACCAUCGAACUAACGAGUUUGUGUCCGCAUGACAUACGUAUAGAUUGCUCGAAUGGUCCUCAAUGCUCAGUAAUCAGCGGACCUGCAGAUUCUAUGACUAAAUUUGUUGCGAAGUUACAGGCUAAUAAUAUUCCUGUCAGAGCCGAAGCUCGCGGUAGCGUCGUCUACAAAAGUGGUGAAGUACAGACAGUGACACAAAAACUAUUGGCUCAUUUGCACAAGGUUAUUCCUAAUCCAAAACCCUGCAGCCAAAAAUGGCUGAACUCAGUAUCUCAUGAAAACUGGAAUAAUAACUCGGCUCGUUCAUGUUCAGCUGAAUACUGUUCGAGAAAUCUGAUCGCUUCAGUCUCGUUCGAAAAAAUAUCUCAUCUUCUGCCAAACGAUGCAGUAAUUAUUGAACUGGCACCACAUAAUUUGCUUCCGUUCGCUUUGCGAGGAUCGUCAAAAGACGAAGUGACCAAUAUUGGUCUAACAAGAUACUUGAAUUGUGACAAUGUUGACGUCUUACUUGACGCUGUUGGAAAAAUGUACGAAAUUGGAUUAUGUCCCAAAUUAAGUAAAUUAUAUCCCGAUGUUCAAUAUCCAGUUAGUCGAGGAACUCCUAUGAUUUCUCCACUGUUGCGAUGGGAACACUCAGAAGACUGGUUUGUCGCUCGUUUGCGAAAGCAAGAUAAACUAGAUAAAGGAGAAAUUAUUAUAAACUUCGGCCUUCUCGACGAAGAGUUUGAAUGGAUGUCAGGGCACAUCAUUGAUGGAAGAAAUUUGGUUCCUGCGACCGGUUACUUGGCGUUAGUCUGGCAAACUGUGGAAAUGAUGCAAGGGGAUCGAAUCCUGAAAGUUUCGGUGGUAUUUGAAAAUGUGAAAUUUCACCGAGCUACCACGAUUCCUAAGACAGGUAGCGUUGCACUGCAGCUGAUGAUUCACAAAGGGUCGGGCAGGUUUGAAGUUACUGAAGGUGAUGUCAGCAUCGUUACGGGUGUCAUCCGUGUCGCUUCAAACCCAGCUCUGGAACGUGUCAAAACUGAUGUACUACACAUCGAAGAAGAGGAACUUGCCUUAACGAGCAGAGAUAUUUACAAAGAGUUCCGUCUUAGGGGCUACCAAUAUACAGGCUUGUGCCGGGGUCUCACAGCAGCGUCCUUAAAAGGAACCAGAGGCCGCAUAUCUUGGCAAAAAAAUUGGGCAGCCUUUAUGGAUAACAUGCUACAACUACAAAUCCUUGGAAUCGACACUCGAGGACUAUUUGUUCCUACGGCUAUACGGAAGCUGGUGAUCGAUACAAAGAUGCACAUACAUUAUCUUAAUUUGAUGCCUGGCGACAAAAAAGAAUUUGCUGUACAAGUUUACAAAGAUUUGGAUAUCAUCGUAUCUGGUGGAAUAGAAAUUCGAGGACUCAGAGCCAAUGCGAUAGCGCGAAAAAAACCGGCUGCAGAUCCCGUUCUGGAAAAAUAUGAAUUUAUAGCUCAUCACGAUCAAGCCCACGCUGAAUUGAAAGUGAUAACUUGCAUCGCUGUACAGAUAGCUCUAGAAAACCAUGUUGGUAUCAGAGUAAAAACAGUUGAACUGAUAGACGACGAAGAUGAUGCAUGUGUUGAAAAUUUGACGUCUCCUUUGAUUCAAGAAGUGUUGAGCAAUUUGCCGUUACUCCAAGCUGAUUUGAAUAUCUUUGCACCCCUGACCAAGUUUCCGGAAAAUGCUUUACCACCCAGUAUCAAAAUAUCCCAGCCAAAAAACUUGUCCGGUGAACUCGAUGCUGUCCUUAUCGUCACUCGUGGCCUCUUCUCAAGCAAGAAUGGAGAAAUAUUGAAACACGUGGAAAAAGCUAUGAACGGCGGUAGUUUUAUGCUGGCCAGAGAACCGCUAGAUAAUGAUCUUGAAAUAAUACGGAAAUCAAUGGACAAAAAAUUUAACAUCGUCCUCGAAAAACGUACACCCAACGAGUUUAUAAUUCUGCUGCGUAAGAAGGAACAGCUGCCUGGGCUGACGACUGUUAUAAAAAUUGACAAUCAUAAAUUCACCUGGCUUGACAAUUUACAGAUUGCCUUGAAGGCGGAAAAUGAAAAGGCUGGUCGUACCACUAAUCGAGUACUUCUUCUUAGCGAGGAAGAUUUACAAAGUGGACUCAUGGGAUUCGUAAAUUGUUUGCGCAGAGAACCUGUUGGUAAAGUGAUCCAAGGUUUGUUGAUUCAAGAUUCCAAAGCUCCAAAGUUCUCGCUGCAAAAUCCAUUAUACGCCAAACAGUUGAAAUUGGGUUUGGCGUUGAAUGUUCUACGUCCCGGAAGAGUGUGGGGGUCCUAUCGGUUUUUACCACUGAAACCGUUGGCUCCCGAACCAGUCUACCAUACUAGACUGAGUCAGGGUAUACGUGGUGAUUUAAGUUCUGUUCAAUGGUUCGAAGGUGUAAUUCAGCCCAACGACCAGAACAAGGACAUCAUCCAAGUGCAUUAUUCCUCGAUAAACUUCCGAGAUAUUAUGCUACUCACUGGAAAACUAGCACCGGAGGUUAUCACUAAAAACAGACUGGUACAAGGUCACGUGUAUGGGAUCGAAUUCUCCGGAAGAGAUGUAAAUGGUCGCGCCGUUAUGGGGAUGAUUGAGGCCGGAGCGUUUACGAAUCUAUGUUUUGGUGAGAAAUAUCUUACUUGGCCGAUACCGGAUUGUUGGACUCUAGAAGAUGCAGCUACGGUUCCAGUUGUUUAUGGAACAGCAUACUUGGCGCUCAUGUGGAUCGGUAAGAUGAAAAAAGAAGACAAAGUUUUGAUUCAUGCUGGAAGCGGAGGCGUAGGGCAGGCAGCUAUAACUUUAGCACUUUACGAAGGCUGUGAAGUUUUUACAACGGUCGGCACACCACAGAAACGAGAAUUCAUUAAAAAACAAUUUCCACAAAUCGAUGACGAUCAUAUCGGAAAUUCUCGCGAUACGAGUUUCGAGCAACUGAUUCUUCGGAAAACGCAAGGACUAGGAGUGGACAUCGUACUAAAUUCUUUGGCAGAGGAAAAGUUACAGGCAUCGGUUCGGUGUUUAGCAACUGGUGGACGAUUUCUAGAGAUUGGGAAAUUCGAUCUCGCCGCUGACAAUCCUCUGGGCAUGGAAGCCUUUUUGAAGGGCAUCAGUUUUCAUGCGAUCAUGUUGGAUAAUUUAUUUAUUGGCUUUCCGGAAGUGAAAAAAUUACUAUGGAAAAUGCUGACCGAAGGCCUACAGAGUGGUGCUGUCAAACCACUCGUUCGGACUGUAUUUCCAAUGGACAAGGCUGAAGCGGCUUUCAGAUACAUGGCAGGCGGGAAACACAUUGGAAAGGUCCUGAUCAAAAUUCGUGACCAAGAUGCAGCGUGUCAGUCUCUUCUGCCUUCCGCAUUACCCCGUUAUCACUGUUCAGAGGAUGGCAGUUAUCUCAUUCUUGGUGGCCUGGGUGGCUUUGGUCUUGAGCUGGCCGAUUGGCUCGUAUUUCGCGGAGCGAAAAAAUUAGCCCUCACGUCCCGUAAAGGAGUCAGUUCUGGAUAUCAACGUAUGAGAAUCAGUACUUGGCAAAGUUACGGAGUGAAGGUCAUCAUAACAGUGGGGAAAGAUGCCUCGACGAGAGAGGGAUGCGAGGCUAUACUCCAAGAAGCAGCGUCACUUGGACCGAUUCACGCAAUUUUUAACUUGGCUGUUGUACUCAAGGAUGCCCUUUACGAAAACCAAACUGAGGAAUCAUUCGAAGAGUCUUUCAGAGUGAAGGCUUGGGCCACGAAGCAGAUGGAUCAAUUAUCGAGAACGCUGUGCCCGCAACUCAGGCAAUUCGUGGUAUUUUCAUCGGUAUCUUGUGGCAGAGGUAAUGCGGGUCAAACAAACUACGGAAUGGCUAAUUCCGUCAUGGAAAGAAUAUGCGAAAAUCGAGUAGCAGAAAAGUUGCCCGGCUUAGCCAUACAAUGGGGAGCCGUCGGCGAUGUCGGACUUGUUGCUGAAAUGCAGGAAGAUAACAAGGAAAUUAUUGUCGGCGGUACCCUGCAACAAAGAAUAUUGUCUUGUCUGCAAGAACUCGAUGGUUUUUUGAAUCAAGAUUCUCCAGUAGUGUCGAGUAUGGUAGUUGCUGAGAAAAAGUCUGGUGGCGCCAAAGGGAACAUUCUCGACACAGUCGUCGAUAUAAUGGGACUCAAAGACCUUAAAACGGUUAGUCUGCAAACACCGUUGUCAGAGCUUGGAAUGGAUUCAAUGAUGGCAGUUGAAAUCAAACAGACGUUGGAACGUGAAUUUGAAGUGUUUCUAACAGCAGCGGACAUUCGUGGUCUCAAUUUUGCAAAGUUGCAGGAAAUGGCAAUGAAACAGGCGACAGAAAGCGAAACAAGGAAAGAGCUGAAGCCUGAUACUGAUGAAAACUUGGCGGGCAUGAAACUGCUUCUAAGAGUUCUGGGCACUAAUCAUCACCAGGACAAAAACGUUUGUGUCCCUCUAUCGACUGGCGCAAACAAUGAAAGAGAAGAAAUAUUCAUAGUACCCGGAAUCGAAGGAACAUACUCUGUAUUGCAGCCUUUGACCGGUAAAUUGAAAUCACCAACAACGUGUUUGCAGCUCGGAAUAGCUUCUUCAAAUAUCAGAUCAAUUGAGAAGUUGGCUGACUAUCUCAUCCCACAUGUCGAAGCCAGAUAUAAAGGAUGUCGCAACUUUGUGAUCGCUGGGUAUUCCUUUGGAUCUUUGGUCGCCAUUGAGAUUGUAAGACACUUGGAGUCUAAAGGUUUCAGCGGUCGACUAGUGUUGAUCGAUGGUUCACCUGAUUACAUGAAGGCUCUGUGCAGCGAACACAUCAUCGUUGACGACGACGCGCAGAUGCAAUCUCUGUUAUUACUGGAAUUCAUGGAUGCGGUUGACCCAUCGAAGAGGGCAGAGCUGGCCGUAGAGUUAAAAAAGUGUUCCACCUGGGAGGAGAAGUUGACAGUUUUUACCAACAAUGUACCUGCGGAUAGAAAUUUGAAUUUCACUAUAGAAGACCAACAAGCCAUGUGUUCAUCAUUUUACAAUCGAGUCAAAGCUGUCCUGAGUUAUAACUUUUCCGCACCGUCACGCCUCAACACACCAAUAACCUUAAUCAAACCAACGAUUCAAGCCGUACGCACAAUAUCAGAAGACUACGGUCUGGGAUUGAUCACUUGCAAGAAAGUAGAAAUAUGCUACGCGGAAGGUAACCAUGUUACGAUGUUGGACGAUGACAUGUGUGCAGCAGCUAUCGAUGGAGAUUCCCUCGAAGAUGUCGAAAUAUGCGAGCCAAAUGGAGCAUUGUCCCAGAACUGAGAACUCUGCACACGCCUAUAUAUUCUCCUACAGCAGCGGGAGGAACGGUGCUACACGGAUCAGUUCUGCAAGUUCAUUUCUACAAUUGGCAGUUUUACACGUUAUGUUAGUUUCACCCGAUUCACUGAAGGUCGAUUGAUUUUACAGAAAUCAGUUCUACAGGGAAAAUAUUCUUCGGAAUAUGUUCUGCAGGCUCGUUUCUACAGAAAUAUUUUUCUAAAAAAAAUUUCCCUACAGCAAGGAAUUCAAAAUUCACUUUAGAAAUAAUCCGUAGAAUUGUUCUACAGAAUAGUUUUCUAGUUUCAUACAUCCAACAUAAUACACAUUUGACACAACACACAUUCAAUUCAUACAUAAAUUCAACGCUAAUAAUUUGAAUUAAAUUAGAUUAAAUCCAAUUGUACGAAAUUGACGAUUAAAUAAAAAUAUUCUGUAGGAAAACAUUUCUGUAGAGACGAGUCUGCAGAAUAUAUUCUGUAGAAUAUUUGCUCUGUAGAAAUGAUUUCUGUAGAAUCGAUCGUCCUCCUUCGGAACGAAUCUGGAGAAUCGAACUUGUAGGACCGUGACUUGUAAAAGCGAACUUGUACGACCGCCGCUGUAGGAAUGUACUCAAAAUUAUUCACCUGUAGGAUUGAUCCGCGUGAUGCCGAUACCCUCUUGUUUCGACAAACAGUGCACUUACAUACCUGUAUAUGUAUAGUGAAAAUGAUGCUAUUUUCCAUUGUGAAAGCUCCCUUACUUUCAUGGGCUGUAACUCCCCUGUAACUCCCCCUCCCGUCUCCUUACCGCUAUAGCGUGCAUCUGCUUCGCUACUUAUUUUCAUUAAUAACUAAUCAUCUAUGGGUCAGAUGCGAAUAUGGCAGAGGACUUUUCGUCUCAGAAUUUUAUUUCCUAUCAAAAGCAAAAAGUCGGGCCAUUUCUUUAUAGAGACCCUGUAUAUAUAAUAUAAAUAAUAAAAAUAUAAAAAAGAUAUAAAUUUCAACGUACACACUUGUGCGUGAAAUGUUUUUUGUUGUAGCGAUUUCAUCUCAGUUAGCAGACUUGUCGAAAUGCCAACUGUUCGUGACAAAUUAAAACCGUCGUACUAUUAACAAAUGAAAAAUUUUUACUCAGAGCAGGUAGAAAAUCGACAAGACGAUGACGGUGACGGUGACGGUCUGAUCGUACAGCAUGUGAUAAUGAAUGUUGAUAAGUGAAAAGUCGAAGCUAGGCAAACCAUGUGUCGACGCAUGCCUUCAAAAACUUUAAGUUGAAGACAAAGCCGUAACUAAAAUUGGAAAUUGUCUAGAACUUGGCACAGUGAAGGUAACAGGAUGAAAAGAAUUCCGUAAUUAUUACAAUUCCUAAGUUUACAGACGACUUUUACAUUGUUGACUAUAAGUUGAUAACCUAACGGCCAUUUGUAGACGUACGGUUGACAUUUCGUAAGCUGUUGGGUUCAAAUACGCCUUAUUCAUGAGUCUCCAAUUAAUUGGCUUCAUUUCCUGCUGGCAUUAAUUCAGACGUGCGUCAAUCGAGUGCCACUUAGGCAGCCGUGACAGAUGAUUACUUGUAUUCAAGUAGAGAGACCUGACUCAAUUGACACUGCCAUUUCCUGUGGCUUUAAUAUGUACAACGCAAGUAUUGCAUCCAUCGUACGUUGUUGGAUGGCUUUCGAUUUCGGACGCUAUAUAAUAAACAAUAGCUAACUUAAUAGAGACACAACGGAUAAUUUAGCAAAAAUAAUCGAAUUAAGCAUUUAAGCUCUCUUAAUGAUUUCUUUCACCACAAUGGAGAAAAUCGUAAUCAUAAAACAUCUUUGUUCAUUCAGUAAUCGGUCUUAGUCAGAAGCCUCUCUCCACUGAAAAAGGAAUCGAGCAAAAUAAGCACGCUCUUUCAAGAAUGGAUACUAAAUAUAACAAUCGAGUAUUGAAUUUUUGAUUUACUGCUUUGUUGAUGUUAUUAGGAGAGCUAUGCUAGCUCAUAGUGUCACUAUUCUCGCUGAUAAUGAUCAUUCAUAUACUACAUUUUCUAUUAAGUAACGAUAAUUUAAUGCCAGUGCAACUUAAUGUUCCAACAAUCAGUAAACGUAUAGUAAUAUUGAAA